AACGAGACAUACCUUCAGAAUGGGAAUAAAAAGCGGAUAGAAUAGAAUAAUCGGGUGGAUGAUUUGUCCCACUAAAUGCAGCUAAACCUACAAGAACGGGGAAAGAGAGCCCCAUCAUGUCCAGCUCGCUCCUAUGGGCAGUGGACGUAUACGGGAAGGUGUACAGCCUAUCCACCACCGGAGGGCGCUGGGAGCGUGACGAGGACACCCUCCUGGAGCUAAAGCGCGUUACCGGACAGAGGUGCAGCUGGGGAAUUGGCUGUGACCACCAUGUUUACCUCAAUAUCGACCCUGGGGAGGUGCCAAUUCGCUAUCGAGAGGAGACCUAUGAGAACCAGAGGUGGAACCCAGUGGACGGCUUCACUGACGUGCUGCUGCCCACUGACCGUUGGGCCUGGAGUGACCUCACAGGGGGGACCGCCCAGCCACUGCACAGCUUCCUGUUGCCCUCAAACAGCUAGUGGGAGGGGGACUGGUACGUUGACCAGGUCUGCGCUGGAGGAGACCCCACUGAAACUGGGAUCCCCUUGGACCACCCCAAGCAGCCCCCUCUCCCCCUCAGUGACAUUAGCUGUGGAGGCUGGGAGAUGAGCGACCAACCCGGGCGAUAUCACUUCCUGUGGGGUGUGUCCCAACAGACAGGGAAAGCUGAGUCAAGAACAGUUAGACUAACCAUGGCAGUGUUGCCCCUCUCUCAGGUGUGGUUCAGGAGUGGCAUCUGCCACUGGUCCGAGGGCCAGUGUUGGGACGAGGUGGAGGCCCCCAAGGAGGUGGCCCAGAUCUCUGCCGGACCAGGGGACUUGCUCUGGGCUGUACUCUACGGACAGCUACUGGUCCGCACGGGCAUCUGCCUGGACAGCCCUACAGGUUCCUCCUGGGUGGUGGUGGAUUCUCCCCCAGUAAAGGAGGGCGGAACCAUCCAUGUUGCUGUGGGGGUCAGCGGUGUGUGGGCCGUCACUAAGGACUACAAAGUGUGGUUUCGGCGGGGGGUGAACUCCCAUAACCCCUGUGGCUCAGGAUGGAUCAGCAUUGGAGGGGAGAUGAUGAUGGUGGAUGUGGACUCAAUGACCAGGUGA